AUGCGGGUUGCUGUGGCAUACAUCGCCUCCAAGGACCUGCACGGUCAGAAAGGCGCAGUGAUCGUUGAUUUUGUCAGGACUCAGAAGCAAAGGAUUGGACUCAACCAACCUCUGCGAAUUUCCAUGCUUAAUAUUUCCGACAAGCUCAAGAGAAAGCCCGCGUCGCCUAGAUCGGCAAAUUGCUAUUCCACUGCGAGUUUGAAAUGUUGUCCUUGA